GAGAUAGAGAAAGUAACUAGAAUUUUUAAGAGAACUCAACUGCUAGUGUUCUUUUAAGGUGUUCAGUUGACUUAUUAGCUGAUUCAUUCUCUUUAGUUUUUGGAUCAUCUGGUAAUGGAAGCUGUUUGCUUCAUGGAAAUCAUCAUGCAUGGAACAACUCCUACUCACAUCAGCAGCACCCUUCAAGUGCUAGGAUUUGGCCCAAUUCACCCUCUUUUGUCAAUAGUCUUCAGCAUAUGCCUGCAUUUCCUAGAGUACCUCCUGUUAUGCUGAAUGCAGCAUCACCUGUACACAACCAACCACAUUGGGUUGGCUCCACCACUUAAUUCACCAUUAUGGGACAGGCAACAUGCCUAUGCUGGGGAAUCUCCUGACACCUCUGGUUUUCACUUGGGAUCUCUAGGGAGUGUUGGAUUUCCUGGUAGUUCUUCAUCACACGCUGUGGAAAUUGCUUCUCACAACAUUUUAUCACAUGCUGGUGGAAACAAUGGUGUGGUACACUCUCCUCAGCAAAUGUUUCACCUUUUCCCUGGAAGAAACCUUGUGAUAUCCAUGCCAGGCUCUUUUGAGUCUCCCAAUGAACGUGUAUACUUCAAAGAUGCUCUGGCUGCAAUAGAUGAGCACUGUCAAGGAACCUAUGAUUCGUUUGUUUGCCAAUUAAUUUCAAGAAUAAAUGCAAUGUGGGCUAUGCAUUCAUCAACACGAUUGAUCCACAACAGAUUAUUCCAUUCCAUAAGGCAUUCAAUGGCAAAAAAUGGGAACAGUUCAUCAGUGAAAAAGUGGCAUUGCUUGCAUAUGCUAGGAUUCAAGGAAAAGCUUCUCUUAUUGCCCAUUUCCAGAACUCAAGCUUGAUGAAUGAAGAUAAACGAUGCCACCCUAUUCUUUUUCAUAUUGAUGGCACGAAUGCUGGUGAUCAGGAGCCCUUUCUCGUGGGUACUAACAUUCGAUCAAAACCUGGAAAGCCUCAAACUACCAGCCCUGAGAAUAAUCGCCAAGGCAGCUCUUCGACUUCAGCUAAGGAGGAGGAACCGUGCAAUGGGGUAGACUCUUGGUCAAGUUAAUCCCAAGUAUUCUGACUGAGCUGUCUGCUUUACCAAGCACUAAUUGUGAAGUGGCAGUUUUGAAAACCCAAAUGCAUUUUGGAACUAUAGUUUCUUGGCCAUUUCAUCUAUUUCUAUGAAAAUUUUGUAUGAAUGGCCGAUUUGAGCAUGGAGAACAGCUUAAAAAUGUUCCCGAGUCUAUGCAUGACUCCAAUGAUCCCUGCUGUUCUGAAUUUUGUAUUCUGAUGCUUCCAAAUGCAAUUUCCAUCUCUUUUGCUCAAAGAGGGAGAGAGAUGUGUCAUAUUAUAAGUAUUCUAGUACUUGAAUUUUCAAACUUCCUUUUGUUUUUGUUGAGAUGAUCAAACUAAUUACAACAAUAAUUUAAGAUUUUGGUGUUAAUAUUUGAAGAACAAUCACAUGAUUAUAUAAUGUAGUUUAUACAACAUAAUACAAAUUACUAAACAUAAGAAGUAAGAAUUGAAUUGAGUUUUACAUAAUAUUAGCAUUUAAAAACAAAGAGAGAUUUCAAAGAUUACGAAACAACAUUCAGAUCAAGCAGAUGUGUGGAAUCCACCCAUUUGUUUUGGUUUAAUUUCCUGCCCAUUCCAAGAUA